AUGAAUGACGAACUCGCAAAAGAGACUUUCAUUGUUUAACAUUAAACAUAGCCUUUUACAUAUAUUCAAAUUCUAAAAGCAUUAUAACCUUUGACUCUUAAGACAUUUCGAUUCAACAUUCCUGAAAUCUCUAUUUUCAAUUAAGGAGAAGUAGAAUUGUUCAUCUCUUAAAGAAAAACAAAUCUUUAUGGACAAUAUAAAUAAUUAAGGAACCUACCACAUUAUAGAUUAAAAUCAUUAAUGCCUAAAAAUGGUUGUAUAUGCAAGUUUGUUGAUUAGAAUCUUCAAAUUAUGACAGAUGUAGAAUUAAAUAUUCUACUCAAUAAAAGAAGAAUUGAAACUAUAUGGAAGGACAUACUCUAUAUAUAAUCUCAAUAUUUGGUUGAUUAAAGGAUUCUUUAUGUUGCAGAACAAGAUGAUUAUACAAUGUUAUAUAAAAGAGCAUAUAUUGAAGUAGGAAUCUUAACAAAAGAUAUAGUCAUUGCUUCAUCUCAAUAUAUUACAGAUGAAGAGGAAGAUCAAUAUGAAAGAAGUUUAUCACAUGAAUAAUUGUGUUAGUAUUACACAUACAAAAUAAUUCACUUUCUUGAAAAAGUAAGAUCAAUUAAAAUAACACAUGGUAUUUUCAAAUGGAGUAUAGAAAAUUCCCGUUCUUAUUAUUUUAUUGACUCACAAAAUGUUAGUUAUAAAAAUAUUGUUGUUAAUGAUUAAAAAUAGAAUUCUAAAUAAUAAAAUACUCUUUAAUUGAUAGAGUCCAUUAAUGAUGAUGUAGUUAAGUAAUACAUAAAUAUUUUAAAUAAUGAAUAUGAAAAAAAAAAAUAAGAGUUUGGUUUCAAUGAGAAUUAAUUUAAUAUUACAAAAGAUAGAGAAACUGAAAAAGUAUUCAAAGAGAUACAUAAAGGUUCAAAUAUUUAAUAUAAUUAAUUAUUUUAAAAUAUUGAUUCAUUUACUAAAUAUGAGGGUAUAUAAAUAUAUUAUAAUGAUUAGGAAUAUUAUUAAAAUAAAUUAAAUAAAAACAUACAAUCAAAAUUAAUAGACCAAGAUAAAGAAUUAUGACAAUUUAAAAUUGCUAAUCUCCACAUAAAACAUUACCAGUUAGACCAUUCACAUAAUAAAAAUAAAGAACUCCUACCUAUAAACAUUAUAAAUCAAAAUUAAAAUAUAAUACUUUACCAUACUUAUUAUAAUAAUGA